UAACACACGGUCAUCAGGGCAAGCACAGGCACGCGGAUCACGUUCUAGCUAUCUUCACGGCACGCGAGUGAGCAUCGCGGUCACUCUCUCGUUUCUCUUUGGCGCCUAUGGUAUGCAGUCUAUACUAAAGACUCUUUUCACAUUGGCUUGCCUGAGAUAAAGCUCUAGUGAGAGGUCGAGGACUCGAUUCCAGACCAAAGACUCGCGUUUUUUUUGUGGCUUGAGCCAACUACCUAGCCAAAGCUUCUAGGAGCUUUCCGACCGCACGAGUUUUGUCGUCGAAUAUUGAGCCCCAGAGCUAGUCGCCUUUCGCAAGGGUCCGCCGGUGAACAACUGACGACGAUCCUUAGAUUAUAAGUGAAACCCCGCCUGCUUAGGCUUGUUAUACUGAACUAGUAGGGCCGUCGUGCAAGUUGACUUUUGAGUCGACUCAAAAAAACAUUAUGAGUGCAAAACCGCGGUGCUGCUUAGACGUAUCUGUCAUACUGAACGAGUAGGGGCCGUCGUGCAAGUUCCAACCACAGGUUAACUUAUUCUCUCCUAAGGAAAAUACAUUCGCGAGUGCGCGAAUCGUGCGAAUCCCUUCGCGAGCGUCGCCAAAGUCCAUGGUUCGUGGUUUCGUGUUUCGAGACGGUCCCAAAAGGUGACUGGCUUUCGUGAGCCAGGUCAAAGCGUUCCCCUUAGUUAGCCAACUCGCCAUUGGAAGUCCCGUCAAAAGUGUUUCUUUUACGUAAGUAGUGGAUAGGUGACAGCUUUCGGACGCGCGCUUAGUGACUGACACUUAAACAACCGUUGCUGAGGUCAAGCCGGGGCCGUUAGCUUCUAUCAGCCAUGGUUCUAGGGCGGCGCGCCCUAUGGCGCACUCGAGGCGACUCGGGCGGAAGCCUCGACGUCCCGGGAAACGCGGGGACGGCCGGCAAAGCUGACGGCGCAGCGGCGGCGGACGACGACCUGGUCAUGACGGAAGACUGGGACGCCGACGCGACGGCCGGCGCGGCGGGAAAAGCGGACGGCGGCGGUCACGGACUUGCGGCGGGCGGCGCGGGGGGGGACGGUAAAGGCGGCGGCGGCGGCGGUGUGGGCGAGACGAUGGAGAUUAUGCUGGAGGACGGGCUGCAGCUGACGGUGGAGGUUGACUCUGGCGAGAAGCUUCUUAACGAGCUGGGAUACAAGCAGGAGCUGAAGCGCGCGCUGGGAUUCUUCGAGCUGUUCUCCAUCGGGCUGUCCACCGUCACUGUCUUUACUGGCAUCGUGCCGUACUAUGGCCAAGCGUACGUGAACGGCGGCCCGGUGGCCAUCGUGUGGUACUGGUGGAUCACCGUCUUCUUCACUCACCUCAUCGCUCUCUCCAUGGCCGAAAUCUCCUCCUCCUUCCCCGUGGCCGGGUCGCUCUACUUCUGGUCCGCAGCACUGGCUGGGCCAAAGCACGGCCCAUUUGCUGCUUGGAUCACGGGGUGGUUGGAGUUUCUUGGCCUUUCUGUGGGCUUGGGCGGCGUCUCGUAUGGCGGUGUGUUAAUGCUACAGUACACCGUGCUCGUUGCCACAGGUACUCUCACCCUGCUUUACUUGGUAUCAGAGCAGAGCCCCCUUGCACAACACGCCCUGGCAGGCAGUAGUGCAUGGUGCCCCCAUGGUGGCAGUACUGCUCCCAGGAACAUUCCCCAUGGUGGGUAGACAUGGGCAGCAUGCCGAGCCUUGCUCGACUCGGCUCGACUCGAACCCGAGCCAGGCAAAAGUCGAGCCGAGCCGACUCGGCUCGACCCGAGCCAGCUGGCCCAAAAUGGUUGGUUGGACUCGGGGGUUCAGGGUCGAGCCAAGGGUCGCCUCGACUUUGGCUUGGCUCGGCUCGACUCGCCAAAAAGGUUUCUUCUGCAGGUUUUGAAAAGGUCUUGCUAGAUCGCUGUAAAGGUUCUGCAGGUGAAGGUCCCUAAGCCCUUACAUCCUUCCUACAACACCAAAAGGUAGUCGAAAAAAAUCUGAAGUAUCGGCGUUGGUGGAGGAGGAGAGAGGGCAGGGUAGGGUGGCGAAAUAGCUCAGAUGUACGCUUAGGCUCGAUGGCGAAAACUCGGCUCGACUUCGGCUCGCCCUGAAAUUUGCGACGAGUCGAGCCGAGCUGCGCGGCUCGACCGGCUCGACCCGGCUCGACUCGGGUCGAGCCGAGCUUAGCUCGGCAUGCUGCCCAUGUCUAAUGGUGGGCAUAGAGAGAAGAGAAGAAUGUAGGCAUGAGCAAAACUGGGUAAUUACCCGACCCGACCCGGUUUUGCUAUACCCGACCUCGGGUCGGGUAAUUUCGGGUCGGGUCCGGGUCGGGUAAUAUGUUCACGACCCUUACCCGGACCCGGAUUUUGUUAGGCGGGUAUUUUAAUACCCGCCAGGCGGGUCCGGGUAUACCCGACCCGGCAUAGCUUAAAGGCGGGUAAUGCUACCCGCCCUGUCAAUAAGGCCUAAACGAGGUGUUUUUUUGGUUUUUUUUUUUGCCUGUAUUCGUCUAACUGUCUCCUAGGGUUGAGACAGCAAUGUGGUCAUGGGAAAAAAAAUUGGCACGCAUUUCAGGGGGUUUGUUGCCACCACCACGCUACACCUUACUUGUGUUGCUUCCUCGGGUUUCGUUUUCAUUGGAUGUAGAUAUACGUAGUAUGAAUUAAGUGCACACAUUUCACUCUGCGUACGUUCACAAUCACUUGAUAAGCAGGAUGCCAUGUCUGCAUGGCCCUACAGCUCAAUGCUGGGUCCGGGCAUGGCACAAGCAAGGACACGAAUGUACGUCACAGGAAAAACUGUUCAUAGGGGCUAACCCUGUACCCACGCCUCACAACCCCUCGUCGUCAC